UUGAGAGAAGUCGCAGCGUUGCCUGAUAUCGGACGUCAAAUAUAUUUAUCUCAGCACACGACAGCUGAUUCGCUCUGCAUUUAUCAUUCUAACGGAUGAAAUUGGAGCUCAGAACUCUACAAUAAAUAAAUCCAAGGAAACAAACAAAACGUGAAUAAAACAAUGGACUUAGACGAAAUUCUGGACGAAGUGGGUCACUUUGGCAAAUUCCAAGCCAUCAACUACUUGCUCGUAGGGUUUGCAAUACUACUCUCUGCUGCGUUUUCGCUUAGUUACGUGUUCACCGCGGGAGAUCUGGAAUACAGGUGCCGGAUUCCUGAGUGCGAGGGAGAGGAAGAUUUGUUCCGGCCAGAUUGGCUUCAGAAUGCCGUACCUUUUGAGGAAAGUGACUACCAGGCGCGGCCCGUUCGCUGCCUGCGGUUCGCUCCGCGGAACAUAUCUACGUUCCUUGCCGAAAUAUACACGUACAACGAUUCAGCCUGCCCGUCGGGAAUGUUCGACCGAAACAAUGAAAUUCAAUGUCAGAGCUGGCUGUACAACGGAGAAGAAAUUACAAUUGUUAAUGAGUGGAACAUAACGUGCGACGAAAACGAGUGGAAACUGACAUUGGUGGGAACUGUUAAUAACGUUGGCCAGUUCAUAGGUUUCCCGCUAGCAGGACUAGUUUCCGACAGGGUAGGCCGACGGACGACAUUGGUGACUGCUACGGUAGGCGCAGGCGUCAUGGGGCUGGUCCGUUCCAUGGCUUGGAGCUACGAAGCAUUCCUUGUCUUCGAAUUUCUGGACCCAGUGUUUGCUUCUGGAAUAUACACAGCAGGGUUUGUUCUCAGUAUGGAGCUAGUUGGGCCCCGUGCUCGAGUUCUGGGCGGUACGCUAAUAUCCUUCUUCUACUGUUUCGGCGAGGCAGUGCUUGGAGGUAUAGCCUCGUGGCUACAGAAUUGGAGGCAUCUUCUUCGAGUCCUCUACGCGCCAGCCUUGCUUUGCAUCACAUACCAUUGGUUCCUUCCUGAAUCAGUAAGAUGGCUGAUGGCCAUGGGGAAGACUGAAGAAGCCCGAAAUAUAAUUUUAAGGGCAGCGAAGAGGAAUGGGGUACUCCUUUCCAAUGAUACGCUCAGCAAGUUCGAAAUGAUUUCCAUGGCCGAAGGAAAACCUGAAAAUCCUGAAACUGAAGCAAAAUCCACGAAAGAAGUCCUUAAACAGGUGCUCCGCUCCAAGAUCCUGCUGGUGAGAGUGAUCAAUUGCUCCUUCUGUUGGGUCACUAUCACGUUCGUGUUCUUCGGGCUGUCCCUCACUUCCGUCUCAGUGGGCGGCAACAAGUUCACCAACUUCAUCCUGGUGGCGCUGAUAGAACUCCCAGCUUACGUCGUGUUCUACUUCGCCAUGGACAGGUUCGGUAGAAAAUCUACCCUCAGCGCAUCUCUGAUACUCUCCGGCAUCAGUUCCAUCUCCUUCGCAUUCGUUCCCACAGAUAUGGACUGGUUGCGAAUGUUGCUCUUCUUACUGGGCAAGUUCUCUAUUACAAUAUCCUUCACGGUGGUGUACGUAUAUACCACAGAAAUGUUUCCGACGGAGCUGCGGCAUUCACUGCUUGGCGUGUGCGCCAUGGUCGGGCGAAUUGGUUCCAUGGUGGCACCCCAGACACCACUAUUGGAGCGGUAUCUGGAGUCUCUCCCCCUUUUUCUGUUUGGCGGUAUGUCAAUGUUAUCCGGCGUCUUCUCUCUCAGUUUUCCCGAAACGCUCAAUUCGAAGCUUCCCGAUACGGUCAUAGAGGCCGAGAACAUCGGAAAGAAAGCUUUACGAACAAGCCAACGGAUCAGACACAUCUAACUGCAUGCUGGCUGUAUAAUAAUGGCAACUAGUAGCAAAGAGGAAAUUGGUUCAGAAAUAUAUCAUAUCAUAAAAUGCCCAGUUUGUUUUGACUUACUAAAGCCACCAAUAUAUCAGUGUGACCGUGGACAUCAUUACUGUAAAAGUUGCCAUGAAAGAUUAAGGAUGGAAGUAUGUCCCUUGUGCAAGCAGAUUUUCUAUGGGACUAGAAACUAUUUGGCAGAAGACUUGAUUAAGACUAUAUGGAAUUUGAAUAUACCACUGCAAGCAAGUUUUAGUCAACAUGAAAGAAAAGAUAAGAGAGCUAUAUCCCAUCCUAAAUUCUGUCCUGGUACAUUCCCUUGUGUGUUCAAGUCAUGUACUAAAGAGCAACCAGCAGCACAUGUGCUGACUCACUUGCGGUAUCACCAUCCUACAAUACUCAGAAAGGUCCCUAGUACACAUAAAUUCAAAGAAAAAUGGGAGUUGGAGUACCUGCCUGAUUGCAAUUAUCCAGCUGCUAUUUAUAUACCAAACAUGGGUCUCUUUUAUUUGGUAGUAAAUGUAAACUGUGAUGGACACUUGGAUGCUAUAGCCCAAAUGGUGGCUUCAGAUGAAGUUGCAUCUACUUUUAAGUAUAAAGUCACUGUUUCUGACAUCAGUGAUCGUAAAAUGUUCACUCACUCAAGUAAAGUGUCUUCAUGUCGUGAAAGUACAGAAUGGAUACAAGAAGUCAAUGGACUUCGCCUAACACUGACUGCCAUGGAAAUGUUAAGCAUGUGUAAAAAAUAUGGAGAAAAUUUCCACUGCAAAUUAUCACUUAAACGUGAAGAUACUGAGGAGGAAAUAUAGUUCAUGUUCUUGCAUUUAAGUAAAUGUUGCUUGAACUGAUAUUGGUGUCAGUAAGUAUAUCUCUUUCUUCAAAGUUAUGUUGCAUCAGUUCUCGAGUGUUAUUUUGCCCUGGCCACAUUCAUUCACAAGAAAUUUGCUGUGACCAUUGUCUUAAAACCUCCUAAUAUUGGCAUAUUACUUAAUUUUUGGAUCAACCAGUAAGCACUCAGUUCAAGCUUCAUUUUCUUUUAACAUAUUUUUAUAUAAUAAUUAGGUUUGUUUAUGUGGAUAUGAAAAGCAUAUAUUCGAUAGAAUUUUCAGGUGUAUAAACUUUCAAAUAAAAAAAAAAGUUACACAUAAAGAAAAAAAUUCUUUUUAACUCUUCUUUUAUACAAAAAAAAAACAUGGGAGACAUACAGGCAUCAGAAGUCUGUCCUAACAGAAAUGUUAUGAGUGACAGCUAUAUAAACGUUUAACAUAAAGUUGCGUGAACUUCUGUAUACAUGGCAAGUAGGCAUUAGCUUUUUCUAGAACUUCUUGCAGACAGCCACAUGCAAUGUGUUUGUAUUGUUAUUGUAAUUAUGGUAGAGCUGUCUCAGGCUGCAAAAGUGGAAUGGAUCAAGAAGAAAUCAUGGAAAUAAUAAUGUCUUGUGCAGCAUUAAAAGUUAAACUGAGUACACUUAAAUAAACAUGAAGCGAACAUUUGAAUGUGAUAUUUUAAAAAAGCAAGCUUAGUCAAAUCUUUACCUUAUUUGAAACUAUUUUGUUUUCAUUUUGCUCACAAGAACUGAACCUGAUAAUUAUAGAAAAACAGGACUGUAGCAGCCAGAUUUCAACAGUCUGAUGCAGGAAGAUUACUUUUGGGAUGAAUGCUACAUAGCCCGGAAGAGAUUUAAUAUAUAUUUCAGGGGACUGUGCUGCCUGCAAAAUUUUGGUAAGCAGAUACCAGAUUAAAAGGCAUCAUAUCCCAGAAAACAAUAAUCUCCACAAUGAGAACCUCAAAUUAUAUAAUUUAGCAAGAUUCAAGUGUUUAGUAACCAGGCACUUAUACAGUGACCACCAGCUGCUGCGAAGAGUUAGGCUUGGUUGAAAGGAAUUUCCAUGAAUGCUUAUUAGAUGAAAAUGACAUCAUCAGGAAUUUCAAAUGCAUGUAUAGAAUGUGUUUAAGUUAUAAAUGUAACAUUUCAUUGACCUUUUUACCUGUUUCUGCAAUACAAAUAUCUGGCUUAAACUGACUUGUCCAAUUGUACUUGUGUAUCAGUCUAUGAAUGUAAAUAAAUUAUAAAUUAUGAGUA